CACUUGAAAAGAGUUCGACAGCAUAUGUUGGUAUAAUGUUUUGGAGCUGAUUUUAUGUGAGUUUGAAAUAUAGAAUGAGAUCAUGUAGAAGCAAGAUGAACCUGACAUCAUCAAUUGAGUAUAUUGGAAGCACACCCAUUUGACUGGCACAGCAACUAUGUGUGACUAAAUAAAUGCUCUCAUGUGCACAAAAACUUGUGGAAAGGUUACCUACUUUUGCUGCUAAAAAGUGUAUAAUUGAUGUGUGAAGCCAUAAUGAACAUUGAAUUUAAAUUAUGCUUUGAACAUAACCUCACGCCUCUAUCAUCAGUCGUGCAUGAAGUGUUUAUGUUCAUAGUGCAAUGAACCAUUUGGUUUGGACGAGAAUCAACGUGUAACCUUUCCUCUAGUGAUUUGACUGGGGAAAUAGCUCCUGCUCUGUUUGGUCUCAAAUCAUUGAAGUAUUUGUAAGUAUUUUCUUCUUCACCAAUGCAACUCUAACUAUCUAAGCAUUUUAAAAUUACAUGUUCCAGUUUUGGCAACAACAGGAGGAAAACUUAUGGCAUUCCCUAAAAGAAAAAAUAAAUUAACUUCUACUUUAUUUCUCAUUUCUCUUUCAUUUUCUUUGCCCUCUACAAAAACAUCCCAAUAGGAACAAAAAGAUUUAUAUGGGAAGGAUUCCCUCUCAUGAUACUGGUAACCAGCAGUAUAGCUUGUUUGUUUGCAGGGAUUUAUCAUACAAGACCUCAAACAAGUCAUUCUUGGAAACAAAUGCUAAUGGGGGCGAUGAGGCCGGAACAGAGGAAGAGCAAGCAGCAUUCAUGAAGGAGCUGGAAACUUUCCACAAAGAGAGGUGCUUGGAAUUCAAACCCCCAAGAUUUUAUGGAGAGCCAUUAAAUUGCCUCAAGUUAUGGAGAGCAGUCAUCAGACUUGGUGGCUAUGAACAGGUUUCCCAGAAAUUUUAGUUUGACGAACUUAUUUCCAUUUUAUCAUGUGCAUUAUCUUUUACUAUGGUCUGGUCUAUCCCUUGUAGUUUAUCUACUAGUUACAUACAUUAACCCUGAUGCUGAAUGGAAUCUUAGAAUAUUAUAACUACUGGCUCCAUUUCAUAAAUUUAUUGGGAAAAAUUCCAAGUACUUGGAUUUGUGCACUUAUUUUUGAUGGGGGGAAUAAACUAUUAUUUUAUUGACACAUUUUGCCUAUAGUAUCAAGUUUGAUGAAGUCAAUAAUAUUAACAACUUUCAUUUUAUCAUUUGCAUUAUCUUUUACCAUGGCGUGGAAUGAGAGUAGUUUUUGUUUUAUUACAUCAAUUGAUUGGUCCAUGGACAUGAGCAGUAUAAUUUUGUCAUCUAAGCUUCUCCACUAUCAAAAAUUUAUUUGUAAAUGAUAUGGAGCAUGAUUUGUUGUCAUCUGGCCUGCUUUGGUAUCGCACACUUGUUGAGAUAUUUCUCUCAAUAUCAAAUCUGUGACAAUCUAAAUUGAACUGAUGGUAAAAACAAUAGUAACCAAUGUUUUAUUGGUCAAUACUUCAAGUAAGGAUAUUGUGGUGCAUGGUAAACUAGGAAAUCUGCUAAUAUGCAGUAGCGAGAUGGUGCAUUUAACACUAAAAUUUGCUUCAUCAAUUUCUGUAAGUCAAUGGAUAAGUGUGCUUUUGUGACCUAAUUUGAUGGCAAAAUCUUUUUAGGUUGACAUUUUUAUAGGACCUGCAGAUGUGCAUGUGAUAGCAUAUUUUUAA